AUGUCCCAGCCACAGCCUGCGGACAGCCUCUAUGAGGAAAUCAUUGACAUCUCGGACAAAGCCGACUUAACCCUCGUCGUGGAAGAGCACGAACGUGUCAAGUCUGGAUUCGAAGAAAACAGCAUCGACGACACCGCCACCAAACCUCUGGCAAAAGUCGGUACCUUUCGUGUCCAAAGAGAAAAGGUAGCCAGGGCCAGUCCGGUCUUCCAGGCUAUGCUGCGAAAGUCGUGGGCUGAGGCUAGCAAAAGUACCGUGACGUUGAAGGGUGACAAUGUGAGAGCUAUGGAGAUAUGGCUGAGGUUUUUCCAUUCCACACUCGAGACCAUAGCCUUCGCGUGUAUCACCAUUGAAGUUAUCUGGCACUUGGUGAUGACCGCAGACAAGUACGAUAUCGAUUGUACCAAGCUGACGACAUGGUUCGCUUCGUGGUUUGAGUCCGAAAAGCCCCGUGGUAGAGACGAAUUGUACUUUAAAUUCGCGGCUCAGACUUUGUUCCCUUGUUUCGCUUUUGACUACGCGGAGGGAAUUCAGAUCAUGACCAGAACAUUGGCGUACAAUUGGCCGCACCAUAUCCAUGAGAUCAACCCGACAAAUGAAAUCAAAAUGCAUCUUCCCUCUAGGGUGAUUCAACAGUUGAAUGCUGCUAAAGGACGACUACGCACCAUCCUCCAUCGUGGAUUAUUCGAACACGUUUGUGAAAUUGUUGACUGGGCCAGUUGCGACUGUAAAGAGCGCACGGUGUUCAGGUUUUUGGCAGAACUUCGGCGGAUCAAGGCAUGGCCGUUGGAAGACGUCAUGGCUAAAACGAGCAUCAAAGCCAUACUGUUUCGCCUCGGCCAAUUCGAGAGCAGUAGGAUGAACGUGAGUGAUCCUAGCACCGGUGGGGUUUCGUGCAAAUGUGCGAUAAACUGGGACAAGGUUGUCCGUGAUGCUGUCCAGCGCGUGAGAAAUUACUUUGACGGCCUGUGUUUGGACUGCAUGAAGAGUAGCAAAGAGGUCAACUUCCGGCGGGACGACGACAACGACUACUGGAAUCAUGAUGAGCCGCGAGAUCGCUACGAUACGUUUUGCCGAAUUGAUCACGGUGAACCGACAUGGUACUUCAGCUUUAUGGGGCGCCGUGAGAAGAGAGGACUGAUUGCAGAUUCUUGAUGGACCAAAGGACACAGAGUGCCUAUUCGGCUCCGGGAAGUUUUAUGCCACCAUGUGUUUACGGGAUUUGCUAUGUUUUGUCAUUCUGAG